UUCAGCCAUGUCUGACAAAAGUGAACUGAAGGCGGAGUUGGAGCGCAAGAAGCAACGAUUAGCUCAGAUCAGAGAGGAGAAGAAAAGAAAGGAGGAAGAAAGAAAGAAAAAAGAAACUGAUCAGAAGAAAGAAGUUCUUCCUGUACAGGAAGAAUCUGAUCUUGAAAAGAAGAGAAGAGAAGCUGAAGCAUUACUUCAGAGCAUGGGGCUGACACCUGAGUCUCCUGUUGUCCCUCCUCCUACUUCUCCGUCUUCCAAAUCUGUGAGUACGCCAAGUGAGGCUGGGAGCCAGGACUCUGGUGAUGGCGCUGUUGGAUCUAGACGUGGACCUGUUAAACUUGGAAUGGCCAAAGUUACACAAGUUGACUUUCCUCCUCGAGAAAUUGUUACAUAUACAAAGGAGACGCAAACACCUGUUAUGACUCAGCCAAAGGAAGAUGAAGAAGAUGAAGAUGAUGUGGUUGCACCAAAACCAUUAAUUGAACCUGAAGAAGAAAAAACUUUAAAAAAAGAGGAGGAGGAAGAAGCUGCCCCACAUGAACUUACAGAAGAGGAGAAACAACAGAUUUUGCAUUCUGAAGAGUUUUUAAGUUUCUUUGACCACUCCACAAGGAUUGUUGAAAGAGCCCUUUCUGAGCAAAUCAACAUUUUCUUUGACUACAGUGGAAGAGACUUACAAGACAAAGAAGGAGAGAUUCAAGCAGGAGCAAAACUGUCCAUAAAUAGGCAGUUUUUUGAUGAACAUUGGUCAAAGCAUCGUGUUGUCACUUGUUUGGACUGGUCAUCUCAGUAUCCAGAAUUACUUGUUGCCUCUUACAACAACAAUGAGGAUGCACCUCAUGAGCCUGAUGGGGUGGCCCUUGUAUGGAAUAUGAAGUACAAGAAAACUACCCCAGAGUAUGUUUUUCACUGCCAGUCAGCAGUGAUGUCAGCAACAUUUGCAAAAUUUCAUCCCAAUCUUGUGGUUGGUGGCACAUACUCAGGCCAAAUAGUGCUGUGGGAUAAUCGCAGCAAUAAGAGAACCCCAGUGCAGAGAACUCCACUUUCAGCUGCUGCUCACACGCACCCAGUAUACUGUGUAAAUGUUGUUGGGACCCAGAAUGCUCAUAAUUUGAUUAGUAUCUCAACUGAUGGGAAAAUAUGCUCUUGGAGUCUGGACAUGCUCUCCCAGCCACAGGAUAGCAUGGAGCUGGUUCACAAACAGUCCAAGGCAGUGGCUGUUACUUGCAUGUCAUUCCCUGUUGGAGAUGUCAACAACUUUGUUGUUGGCAGUGAAGAAGGCUCCGUAUACACUGCCUGUCGUCAUGGCAGCAAAGCUGGAAUCAGUGAGAUGUUUGAAGGACACCACGGACCAAUCACAGGUAUCAACUGUCAUGCAGCAGUUGGACCUGUAGACUUCUCACAUCUUUUUGUCACCUCUUCUUUUGACUGGACAGUAAAGCUUUGGACGACUAAGAACAACAAACCUCUUUAUUCCUUUGAAGACAACUCAGAUUAUGUUUAUGAUGUGAUGUGGUCUCCAACUCAUCCUGCCUUGUUUGCCUGUGUGGAUGGGACAGGCAGGCUUGACCUGUGGAAUCUCAACAAUGAUACUGAGGUGCCAACUGCAAGCAUUACUGUGGAGGGCAAUCCUGCUUUGAACCGUGUGAGAUGGACACAGUCGGGGAGAGAGAUUGCUGUAGGUGAUUCAGAGGGACAAAUAGUUAUAUAUGAUGUGGGUGAGCAAAUUGCUGUUCCUCGCAGUGACGAGUGGACUCGAUUUGGCCGAACCCUGGCAGAAAUAAACGCUAACAGAGCUGACGCAGAAGAGGAGGCUGCAACCCGCAUACCAGCCUAGAUCUUUAGAAAUGAGCAGCAGUGGGAGACUUGGGAGUGAUAUGAUGCAAAUCUUAAAAGUCUAAGAAUGUGUCAGUUCAAACAAUAGCUUAGGGGAGGAAUAUAUGGAUUCAACUGUGGAUUUUAAAAUGUAUUAAGAUGACUGAAAAUCAGAUCUUGCAUUGUCACUUUUUAUAUAUAAAUUACAAACGCAUUCUUGGAUUUCUGCAACUUUUAAUACAGUUAACUUUGAUUUUGCAAGGAAAGACUUUUGCUGAAACACUAACCUGGUGUAAAUUUGCUUUGAGCUGAUAAAGUACCCACUUUUUAACAGUUAUCUAUUUCUGAACAGUAAAGGUUGUGUUUCUAAACUAAACUUUCUAUAUUAUGCAGACUAGCCUUCAUUAGGUAGUAAAUCUCUGAAGCAUUCUUUAAUUUGAACUCUUGAAAUUACCCAUGGAUAUGCAUGCAUAUGUUCCAAGUAAGUUUCAUUGUUAAUAUAUAGAUAAGCCUCAGACUCGGGUAGUGGGUAAUAUAUGUGAAUAAAAACUUGUCUGUAGUUACAAAGUUAUUUGAUAAUUGGACCUGAAUUAAUUAAAGACAUAGUCAAUACCAAGUCCUUUUGUUUGAAUUGGUGCAUUAAAAAGUGAAACUGAUUCAUAAAUAAAUACUACAUGAGC